AUGAACGACGCAUGCAGCAGCGAUCGAGUUCCAGUUGCGCUGCCGCUGACAAGUAUCGAUCGCUAUGUAAACAAGGCGUGCGAUACGAGUCGGUGCCUCAAUGAGGCCGAUGAUGUUUACUACGCGGGCCAUGUUGUUGAGUCCGCCGUCAAAACGGUCCACGACUGCGUUUUCACCUUCCUGGCGUUUGUCCUACAAACUACCGCGCUUGGUAGUGCCCCCCACGAAGUGAGGAUCACCGUGAAGAUGUCGGAGGUGGAUCAAGCAAGCUGCUCCUGCAAAGCAGGGAAUUACAAAUGCAAGCAUAUUGUAGCUGUCCUUCUGCACAUUAAUCCAGAAAGAACGUUUGAGCAGCUGUCAUCAACUGACCAGGACGAGCCGAGGAUAAUGAUCGACCUUUUCUGUGCAAAGAAGGUAAAGAUCAAAGAGGUUCCUCAACUUCAGGGAAACAUCCUCCAGAGGCUCCUCAAGAAUGUAGGCCAUCGUUCCGCAGCGAAGAUGCAUUUAGAACCAGCAGUUGAAACAGCCAUGAAAACCAGUAUGGAUCCUGACACUGUCUCAGAACCAGCACCAAGAGACCUUACUCUGAUGGGUUGCCUAGACGAGUUGAGGAGACUCGCCGGGAGCCGCGACAGUGGACUGCCGCUCGACGAGGUGCUCAAGCACUUGCAUGAGAGCAAGAGCUCUAAAGACUUGAAGGACAUUGAGCUAGCCACUCGCGACCAGGCGAAGUCUGGUCUGUGGAUGCGCACCAGGGUCGGAAUGAUUACUGCCUUUUUCUCGUACAGCGUUUUCACGAGAGUGAAAACACUCCAAACAAAGAUGGGUCCACACGACCUCAGACCUCUACUGAGGAAGCUGAUGAGACAAACGUACGUUAGGACGCCGGCAAUGUCUCGUGAAAGCGCACUUGAGGGCCCCGCGAAGGAGUGCUACAAGACCAAGCAGGCUCAGCACCAAAACCUGGUGUUGAGCCAGUGCGGGCUUUAUAACAUGCAAGGGCGGCCCUACAUUGGUGCCAGUCCCGACGCACUGGUAGAGUGCCAGUGCUGUGAAAAGCGGGUCCUCGAGGCAAAGUGCCCAGAGAGCAUGGUAAAGUUCCUUGGAGAAAUCACUGAGAAGAGUGUGGGCGACAUGCCAAGCAUGAAGCUAAAGCACACAACCACAGUCUUCUGCCAAGUGCAGGUCCAGAUGGGUUUGACCGGUUGUAACCAUGCAGACUUGUUCGUGUACAUUGAAGAGCAACAAAACGAGUGCAUCCGUGUGGAAUUUGACGAGGAUUAUUUUAAUGAUGUCGUCGAAAGAGCCUCGUGUCGUGCCAGCACAUUCCAUCUCAUCUUUUGCGUGAUCACUUAA